UUUUUGUUUAUUAUCAUCUUUCUUUUUCUUGAGAGAGAGAAGAGAGAGAUGGGUAAUUGUCAGGCUGUGGAUGCAGCAGCAAUGGUGAUACAGCAUCCGAAUGGGAGAAUAGAUAGAAUGUAUUGGACGAUGAGUGCUAGUGAAGUUAUGAAGAUGAACCCGGGUUAUUACGUAUCUCUCAUCAUUCCUUUGCUUUCCAAUGACCAACAACAACAACAACAACAACAAGAAGAAGAGAUUAUUAGGUUUACCAGAGUUCAUCUUCUCCGGCCAACCGAUACCCUUCUUCUUGGCCGGGCUUAUCGACUCAUUCCAUCUCAAGAGGUUAAGAAGGUUGUGCGGGCAAAGAAGCAAGCAGAUGAAAUGAAGAAGAAGAAUAAGAAGCUGCAGGAAUCUGUUGAAUCGCAGAGAGAGAAAUCCAUUAAUGAAUCAAACAAUAGACCGGCAGCCUCUUCUAACGCCGCCGCCGCCGCCGCCGUGAGAAGGUUAAGAUCAUGGCGGCCUUCUUUGCAAACCAUAUCUGAAUCCACCACCACAUCUUCAACACCAAGUAGCUAGCUAGUACAAUAUUUUGGAUCAUAAUAAAAAGUUGUCCAAAACUUAAUUCAUCCAGUUUUUGAGAAUUGAGCCACCACUUUUAUCAAUAAAAAAAACUUGUAUUCAUAUA